AUGGACAGCUCUUGUCCUGGAAAUGCCACGGCCAUUCCAGCCACGUGCCCCGAGGGUGGCAGCUCCCCAGAGGCUCUCCGUCUGCCCAGUUCCUGCCAGAGCAGGACAUGGCAAUUGGUUACAUGCCCAGACAACUCUUAUCUACCCAGCAAUGCCCCACAUGGCUGCGAACCUGCUGCUUGCCAACCUACUUGCCUUUCCACAAUUUCUUGCGUGGGCUUUCUUUGCCAGCCCUUAUGUUCCUGUGCAGGCAGCUGUCCAUCGGGGGCUGGCCAGUCUCCCGGUGUGGAUAGCUCAUGCCAGCCGUCCUGCUUGGAAUCCACUGGUGGUCAGGUAGAGCACUGUGAUGCCAGCCGCUGCCAGCAACACUGCUGCCAGGAACCCAGCUGUGUGUCGGGAGCAUGCCAGGCAGCUGGUGGCCAGGCAGUCUGCCGUGACGCUAGAUCCUGCCAGCCGUCCUGCUCCGAAGCAACACCUCGUCCUGAGACCCCUCGCUCGCCCAUCAUCUGCGCAGCUAGUCUGUGCCAACCAGCCUGCUGCCACGCAACUUCCUGUCAACCCCCAGGUGGUGAAGGCCAACACUGCAGCCCGACUUAUUACCAACCCAUCUGCUGCGUUUCCAAGCCUUGCGCAUCGGCUCCCUGCGUGCCCCUUUCCGGCCAGCCAUUGACGUGCGUGUUCACUGCGUGCCAUCCUACUUGCUACGUGUCCCCUCCUUGUCAGCUGCUUUGCUCCCAGCCAGCUCCUUCCCUAGCCCUCGUCUGCCAGCCUCCUUGUUCUGCAAAGAGCCCGUGCAAAUCAGCUUCCUGGGGCACGGUGCUUCCUGGCCAGCCAACGUGUGGCCGACCCACUUCCUACAGCCAAAGAGGCUGCAAAUCCCCUUCCUGUCCACCAGCUUGCUGUGUGACAGGUUUAGGCAAAUCGUGCAGCAGUGACACCAGUUGCUCCCGACCAACCUCCCCACGUCUGUGCAAAGCAAGCACUUGA